AUGUUGAAAAAAUCAGGUUCGCUAUUGGCCGUCUUCUUUGUGGGGCUCGUUAUUUCGGAGCCACUUCCAACAUUCAGAAUUGAAAAUUUGGAACUGAUUCUGCAACGUCAUCAGAUUCCAACACCAGAUGUGAAGUAUACGGAAGCAUUCCAGAAUUUUCUUGUCAAAUAUUUGAGAGAAUACAAGAGUGAAGAGGAAAUUGUGAAGAGAUUCACCAUCUUUUCAAGGAACAUGGAUUUGGUGGAGAGAUACAACAAAGAAGGCGCUGGGAAAGUUACAUAUGAACUCAACGAUUUUUCUGAUCUUUCCGAUGAAGAAUGGAAGCAAUUUCUAAUGAAGCCACGCCCACAAAAAUUCUCGAAAUCUUCGAAUUUCAAAUUCCCGCUCAAAAAGGAAAUUCCAGAAUCUGUAGAUUGGAGAAAUCGAAAUGGACAAAGUCAUGUGACUGGAAUAAAAUAUCAGGGACCAUGUGGAUCCUGCUGGGCGUUUGCCACUGCUGCCGCUAUUGAAUCGGCGGUAUCGAUUAGUGGAGGCGGUUUGACGAGUUUGUCUUCCCAACAGCUACUCGACUGCACUCCAGUUUCCGACAAAUGUGGAGGUGGUGAGCCGGUCGAAGCUCUUUCCUAUGCUCAAUUCCAUGGAGUCACCAAUGCUAUUAGCUAUCCAUACUACUUUUGGUCCACAAAAUGCAGAGAAAAUGUUCCAACUGUUGCAAAGAUUCGUACGUGGGCUGAAGCUGAGAGUGAGGAGGAGAUGGCCGAAAUGGUGGCUGUUGGAGGUCCAAUGAUUGUUUGUGCCAACUUUGCGACCAACAAGAAUAGAUUCUAUCAUAGUGGAAUUGCGGAGGAUCCCGAUUGUGGGACUGAACCAACGCAUGCUCUAAUUGUGAUUGGAUACGGACCAGAUUAUUGGAUUUUGAAGAACACCUACAGUAAGAUUUGGGGAGAAAAGGGAUAUAUGAGAGUGAAGAGAGGCGUUAAUUGGUGUGGAAUUAACACUGAAAAACCACUUCUUCCAAUUUUGUAA